GAAGGGGGGCUGGUGGCGGCAGGCGGACGUCACGUGAACACUGAGCUCAAUACUUAUCAUGUGACGAGUGAAAGUCAAAACAGGAACAAAAUGGCUGCAACGGGCGACGACGCCGCAGCCAUGGACAGCAUAUCCAGGGCGCCAGCGGCUCAUUUAGCGGCUGCGAACGCGGCUGCAAGCUCCAGCAGUCACACAGUAGGCCCGGAGAAUGUGGCGGAAAGCCCGGUGGUUGUUCCCAAAAAGCCCAGUACGAACAGUGAUGGGGGUGUCGAGACUGCAGAGGAGGCUUUGGAGCCUGCAGAGCCUGAUAUCAAUGACCUGUGCACUGAUAUGUUUGAAAAGAUGGCCAUCUUCCUGCAAGGAGAACUAACGGGAACUUGUGAGGAUUACCGUCUGUUGGAGAACAUGAACAAGCUCACCAGUCUGAAGUACAUGGAAAUGAAGGACAUCAGCAUCAACAUCAGCCGUAACCUGCAGGACCUCAACAACAAAUAUGCAAGCUUACAGCCCUACUUGGACCAGAUAAAUCAGAUUGAGGAGCAAGUGUCUUCACUUGAACAAGCUGCUUACAAACUGGAUGCAUACUCUAAAAAACUGGAGGCCAGAUUCAAAAAACUUGAGAAGCGAUGAGGGGAGAGGGAAAAAAAGAGACU